UGCUUUGAAUACUUGCGACAUGGCUGCGCGCAUUGAUUGCCAAGAUUGACAGCAGCUCUACCCAUCGUCUCCUCUUGUCUGAGUGUGAGAGAGAGGGAGAUAAAGAACAGAACAGGCGAACAACAAAAGGUACUUGUAGUUUCGGACAGCUGAACUUCACAGAGUAGAGACGGGAUCCCCUCAUAUGGCCCCGUGUGAGCACACUCAAGUUUUCGCUCAACAGAUAGCUCAGUGAUCAUUUUCUACAAAGUGUAUAGUGUGGUAGUGUUUACGCACGGGGAAAGGACGCAUUAAUAUCUUCUCCACGGCUCAGAUCAUCAAGGACUAAUCUGCGGGUGGAUCUUGAGCUUUUUGCAAGACUGAGAAAGGCAGCAUUUCCAACCCGGACUCAGCAUAAGAUAUAGACUCGCUGACGCUGAUGUGCCAGUUUUUACAUGAAUUCAAAAUCAACCGACCACUGAUCACUGGAAGCUGGGGAUUGAGUCUUUCAGUUUUUAACCCCACACGCUGACAUGGAGGGCUUUCUUCGUAGCAGCUUUUUACUGAGCAGAGUCAUGUCUUCCAAGCAAGCCACGUCUCCUUUUGCAUCCGUGGUUGAUGGGGAUGACACCAUGAGUCAGGAGCAUUUGUCUUGGGAAAAAGAGGAGAGUGCCGAGGCCCACGGCACCCCUCAGCUACCCCUGCACAGCCUGCUCCACGGAAAAGCCCAUCCCGAUGAAAUGCAACCGCUCAGCAGCGUGCCGCCAGAGAGUGACUGGGACAGCCUGGUGUCAGCCCAACAGCGCAUGGAAUCUGACAGCAAUAAAGUAUGCUCCCUGUACUCCUUCCGGAACAAUUCCACUUCCCCACACAAGCCGGAGGAGGGGGCCCGGGAGCGAAGUGACCUGCUGAGCGGAUCAGCGUUUGGAACUCCAGAGCGCCGCAAAGGAAGCCUGGCAGACGUAGUGGACACGCUGAAGCAAAAGAAACUGGAGGAGAUGACAAAGACAGAGCAAGACGAUUCCUCAUGCAUGGAGAAACUUCUUUCUAAAGACUGGAAAGAGAAGAUGGAGAGGCUCAACACCAGUGAAUUGUUGGCAGAAGUAAAAGGUACUCCAGAGAGCUUGGCAGAAAAGGAACAUCAGCUCUCCACAAUGAUCACCCAGCUGAUCAGCCUGCGAGAGCAGCUUCUGGCUGCCCAUGAUGAACAGAAGAAGCUUGCUGCCUCACAGAUGGAGAAACAGAGGCAGCAAAUGGAGUUAGCUCGUCAGCAGCAGGAGCAGAUUGCAAGACAACAGCAGCAGCUUCUGCAGCAGCAGCACAAAAUCAACCUCCUCCAGCAACAGAUCCAGCAGGUCCAGGGUCACAUGCCUCCGCUCAUGAUCCCCAUUUUUCCACACGACCAACGCACUCUGGCAGCAGCAGCCGCCGCCCAGCAAGGAUUUCUCUUCCCUCCGGGAAUGUCUUAUAAGCCAGGUGAUAACUACCCGGUGCAGUUCAUUCCAUCCACAAUGGCAGCUGCAGCAGCGUCAGGACUCAGCCCCCUCCAGCUUCAGCAACUGUAUGCCGCCCAGCUUGCCAGCAUGCAGGUCUCUCCUGGAGCCAAGAUGCCUCCACUCCCCCAGCCCAUCAAUGCUAGUGGGCCCAUUUCUCCCUCUUCUCUGAAGAAUGACAAGAGUUCCUCCAGCCCCAUCACUCAAGUCAAGGAGGAGGGAACGCAGCCGCUCAACCUGUCUGCUCGGCCAAAGACGACAGACCUGGUCAAAUCCCCCACGUCCCCGACACAAAACAUGUUCCUCGGCAGUAAAAGCAGCCCAAACAGUCUCCUCAACAAGGGUGGUAUCCCCAGCCCAAUCGGAGGAGGCCUGGGCCGCGGCUCAUCUCUGGAUAUCCUGUCCAGCCUAAACUCUACCGCGUUGUUCGGGGACCAGGACACAGUGAUGAAGGCCAUCCAGGAGGCUCGGAAAAUGAGGGAGCAGAUCCAGAGGGAACAGCUGCAACAUCACCAGCAGGGCAUGGAGGCAAAGCUGUCCGCCCUCAGCUCAGUGGGCCUCAACAACUGCAGAGCUGACAAGGAGAGGGCGCAUUUUGAGAGCAUCGGGCACCACCUCGGCAAGCUGGGUGAGGAAGGAAAGAUUGGCCACAGAGUUAUUGACCUCACAAGGCCAGAGGAUCUUGAUGGGUCCAAGGAUGUAAAUGGCUCUGCAGAUAAACCUCAACCCUAUUAUUGUUGGCCAACAGGAGGCGCUGGAUCCACCGAAGCCCGAGUCUUCAGGGAAGCCCGAGGAAGGAACAACAACGAGCCUCACAUUAAAAGGCCAAUGAAUGCAUUCAUGGUGUGGGCUAAGGAUGAGCGGCGCAAGAUCCUCCAGGCUUUCCCUGACAUGCACAACUCCAAUAUAAGCAAGAUUUUAGGUUCUCGGUGGAAGUCAAUGUCUAACCAGGACAAGCAGCCAUACUAUGAAGAGCAGGCCCGUCUGAGCAAGCUCCACCUAGAGAAGUAUCCAAACUACAAGUACAAGCCGCGGCCCAAGAGGACCUGUAUUAUCGAUGGCAAAAAACUCCGCAUUGGAGAGUACAAGCAGAUGAUGCGCUCACGGCGACAAGAGAUGAGGCAGUUCUUCACUGUGGGACAGCCACCACAGAUCCCCAUCACCACCAGCGCCAGUAUGGUCUACCCUGGGGCCAUCACCAUGGCGACCACCACACCCUCACCUCAGAUGACAUCAGAGUGCUCGAGUGCCUCAGCGAGUCCUGAGCCGUCCAUUCCUGUCAUCCAGAGCACCUACAACAUGAAGCUAGAGCCCAAUACCAUGGCGAACAACAGUGAGCCGGUCAACGGCGAGGAUGAGAUGGACAUGUAUGAGGAUUUUGAGGAUGAGCCCAAAUCAGACUAUAGUAGUGAAAAUGACACACAAGAGCCAGUCAGCGCCAACUAAGACCUCUUGAAUUGAAGAGGGGAAUACAGACACAACACUCACACAGGAGGAUGCCCCCGAGGGCUGGUCUGAUCUGAGGGAGCGAAAGAGCAAAAGAAAACAAAACGACACCACAAAGGUUAAAAAAUGUAAAAAAUAAUAAUAAUAACGAUGUAUCAUUUAGGAGCCAGCAUGCAGAUGUGGCUUCAUCAGAAUCAAAAGCUAUUUGGUCUUAAGUGUUUCUUCAAGUGUGUGAAGCAGUUUGGUUGUGGUAAUUUAGAUUUUUUUUCUAUCUCAUUGUUUAUUUUGUCAUUGUGAUCAUGGACAUUUACACAAUUAGGUCAUUGCCUAGAACAAAAGACGGAACUUGAAAUUGAACAUUUGAUAUAAUUCUUACAGUCAUUUACCUUGUUUUUCCUCUUCAAUUAGAUGAUUUUGAUAUACUGCAUAACUGUUCAAGAUGGGGAUAAUAUUCUCACUCAGGUAUAGUGUGCCAGCCAACAGCUUGUGAAUGUUUUUAAUCAAUAAUUAAUUAUUACCAGUACAAAAUAUCUCAAAAUUCAUAUGGAGUGAUUCCAACUUAUUACA